GGACGAACCCCCCCCCCCCCCGGCCCGCUCAGGUGUGCGGCCACCACGUGGCUUCGGCCGUUCCCUCCGUUUUCAUGAAUGGAACCCCGGCGGCCAGCGCGCCUGCGCCGUCCUCAGGGCCCCACCCCCGCCGCUGCAGCGUGGCCAAUGGAAGCGGGUGGGCGGGUGGUGUUGUGGUCACGUGGGGUUACCGGUGUAGUGGCGGCGGCACCGCCCCCUCCGCCCGCCGCGGCGGGCGGUUUAUAGCUCCGUGUGUCGCGCCCGCGCGCGCCGCGGGUCAUGCCGCUGGUGCGCUACCGCAAAGUGCUCAUCCUCGGGUACCGCGCCGUGGGCAAAACCUCCCUGGCCCACCAGUUCGUGGAGGGGAAGUUCGUGGAAUGUUACGAGCCCACGGUAGAGAGCACCUACAACAAGAUGGUGGUGGUGGGCAAGGAUGAGUUCCAGCUCCAACUGGUGGACACAGCUGGGCAGGAUGAGUACACCAUCCUGCCCCACUCCUUCAUCAUCGGCAUCCACGGCUACGUCCUGGUGUACUCGGUGACGUCCCUGCAGAGCUUCCAGGUGGUGAAGACCCUUCACAACAAGCUGUAUGAGAGCUGGGGGAAGACACGCAUGCCCGUGGUGCUGGUGGGGAACAAGGCGGACCUGUCCCUGCAGAGCCGGGAGGUGAAGACGGAUGAAGGGAAGAAGCUGGCGGAGUCGUGGGGGGCCAUCUUCCUCGAGUCCUCGGCCAAGGAGAGCCAGGUGACCCAGGGGAUCUUCAUGAAGAUCAUCGAGGAGAUUGACCGGGUGGACAACUCCUACAGCAGAUCGACCGGCUGCCACCUGAUGUGAGCCCUGCCCGGGGCAGACCCCCAAGAUGGGGCAGACCUCCCAUGGGACCUUCCCCCAGACCACAGCGGUGGCUUUAGGGGGUCUGGGGCCACGUGGUCCCACUGUUUUGUACAGGACCUCUCCCUUUGCACAGGCUGUGGGGCUCACGAGGGGCUGGGAGCGGGCCUGGGGUCCCAUCCCAGCUGGGGAGCACCCCUUGCUUGUAGCUGCUGUCCCCCCCGCCUCCCCGCCACGCACAAGGACACGGUGGGGAGCCGGGGCUGAAUACGGGUGUUGUUCCCGGCGCGGGGCUGCGGUCCGGCUGUGCCUCGCUGGCAGCCGCUGCUCGUGGGAGUCAGGGCCGCGGGGCUGGAACAAUUAAACGUUGUUUUGUCUGUGAA